GGUCGCGUCUCUUCACGACACAGUUGAUCAUUUUACGGCAGAGUUUUGGUCAGCCGUAAAGCGAGACGUGGGGAGCGGAGGAAGGUUAAAGAGAAUCCUACAGCACACGCAAUCAUGCCAUUUGUGGACCUUCAGUCACGGCUUGGCAUCAACCUGGAUGGCUGGAUGCUGCUGCAGAGUGGAAAUCAGCCCAACAAGAGAGCAGCCCGCUGCCAUGCCUUUGAGAAGGAGUGGAUUGAGUGCGCCCAUGGCAUCGGGCAGACCCGUGCCAAGAAAGAGUGCCAGCUGGAGUUUGAGGACUUCUAUGAGUGCAUGCACAGGGAGAAGACGCGCCAGAGGCUCCAUGCGAUCCGUCAGCAGCGUGACAAGAUGGUGAAGGAGGGAACUUACACACCACCACCCUGCCACUCAGGCAAAACCGACCAGUCACCAUGAGGGAACAUGCAACUGUCCGCAGUUCUGUUCUGUAAAUCAGAUAUAGCUAUUUCCUGUUCGCUUGUACAAGUUUGCAAAUAAAUGUUAUUAUUGCACAUC